UAGUGAUAGAUACAGAUGCAACAAGAUGGCGGCGGUGUAAAGCUAGCAAACUAUAAACAAACAACUUCUGUGAUAGUAAUUACAGCGAGUGACCGGCGUGUUGUGUAACAUAGUAAAGAAUUAUUUUUGACCGUAUUUAAGCAGAUAAAGGAAUUGGAAUCAGAAGCAGAACCAGAGACAUAGGACAGGAGAGGAAAAGCCACCAUGUCGUUCAGAGAUCUCAGAAAUUUCACGGAGAUGAUGCGCGCACUCGGCUACCCUCGACUAAUCUCCAUGGAGAACUUCCGGACUCCGAAUUUUCCUUUGGUAGCAGAGAUCCUCUUGUGGCUUGUCAAGAGGUAUGAGCCGCAGAUGGAGAUCCCGAGUGACAUCGAUACGGAAUCGGACAGGGUGUUUUUCAUCAAAGCCGUGGCUCAAUUUAUGGCGACAAAGGCUCAUAUCAAAGUGAACCUGAAGCGUCUGUACCAGGCAGACGGCUACGCGGUGAAAGAGAUGCUGAAGAUCACAAGUGUCCUGUACAACGCCAUGAAGACCAACGAGGUGGGCACCGACGAGCCCGGCUCCGACGACACGAGCAGUAAAUUCAAAUUCAACCUCACAUCCAAGAUAGCAGAUUUAAAGGCAGCGCGUCAGCUUGGCUCUGAGAUCACAGCGAAGGGGGCAUCUCUGUACGACCUCUUGGGGCGCGAAGAGGACCUGAGAGAGAGCAGGACUGCUGCCAUCGCUCGACCACUGGAGAUCACGGAGGUGGAAAGAGCGCUACGAGCAGCUGUGAAAGACACCUUGGAGAACGUGCAGAAGACCAAAGAGAUGUUGAAUAACGUGGCGUCUGAUGAGGCAAGCCUGGAGGCCAAACUCGAGAAGAAGAAACAAGAGCUUGAGAGAAACCAGAAGCGCUUACAGACGCUACAGAGUGUUCGGCCGGCGUUCAUGGAGGAGUACGAGAAGAUCGAGGAGGAGCUCCAAAAGCAGUAUGAGACGUAUGUGAAGAAAUUCCACAGCCUGUGUUCCCUCGAGCAGCAGCUAGAAGAGUAUCACCGACUGGAGCAGGAGCGCUUUGAGGAAAUGGAAAAUUCUAUGAAAAUGAUGCAGAACAAGCUACGUGAGGAGGACAGGAGACUCAUGACAAAUGGAGUGCGAGAGGAAGACUCCGACAUGGAGAUCCCAGACGAUGAAGGCUCAGACAGUGACGCAGAGGAACGACGACCGUCUAAACCGUUCCCCCCUCGCCAUACGCAGAUACCAGGUCGAACGGGUGGACGUCUCUUUGGCAAUAUGCAGGGAGGAGACUCGGAUGAAUCAGAUGACAGUGAGAUUGAUGUCGAUGAUGAUGAUGAAGAGGAAGAAGAGGAGGAGGAAAAUGAAGAUCUUGAAGAAAACGGCAGUCUGGACGGCUCCGCCUCUAUGCACAACCGACCAACCAGAUCGCUUCACCCCGAGAUACUGGAGGAGAGUGACAAUGACUUCUAACAAGUACAGUCAUAAAUCCUCAUUAAAAUAAACAGCCAAUAAAUGUAAUGAAGCCACACACACUGUUAGACUUUAUAAUAAAAUGUCUUGGUUGACAGGAA